CGGAAGUGAGUGAGCAGUUCCGGCGGCCGUCCCCACGGCGCUGACAUUUCAGCCGUAGACUUGCUUGUGCCGUUGUACCGGCCUCUCCCUGCCGCCAUGAAGGACGUACCGGGCUUCCUACAGCAGAGCCAGAGCUCCGGACCUGGCCAGGCCGCCGUGUGGCACCGUUUAGAGGAGCUGUACACGAAGAAGUUGUGGCAUCAGCUGACACUUCAGGUGCUUGAUUUUGUUCAGGACCCGUGCUUUGCCCAAGGAGAUGGUCUCAUUAAGCUUUACGACAACUUCAUCAGUGAAUUUGAGCACAGGGUGAACCCUCUGUCCCUGGUGGAGAUCAUUCUUCAUGUCGUCAGACAGAUGACGGAUCCAAACGUGGCUCUCACUUUUCUGGAAAAGACUCGAGAAAAGGUGAAAAGCAGCGAUGAGGCAGUGAUCCUGUGUAAGACAGCAAUUGGAGCGCUAAAAUUAAACAUCGGGGACCUGCAGGUUACAAAGGAGACAAUAGAGGAUGUUGAAGAAAUGCUCAACAACCUGCCUGGCGUGACAUCUGUCCACAGCCGCUUCUACGACCUGUCCAGUAAAUACUACCAGACUAUCGGGAACCAUGCCGCCUAUUACAAGGAUGCCCUGCGGUUUCUGGGCUGCAUCGACAUUAAGGACCUGCCAGUGUCGGAGCAGCAGGAGAGAGCUUUCACUCUGGGGCUCGCAGGACUGCUUGGUGAAGGAGUGUUUAACUUUGGAGAGCUCCUCAUGCACCCCGUCCUGGAGUCGCUGAGGAACACGGACCGGCAGUGGCUCAUUGACACCCUCUAUGCCUUCAACAGUGGCAACGUCGAGAAGUUCCAAGCCCUGAAGACCGCCUGGGGCCAGCAGCCCGACUUAGCUGCCAACGAAGCCCAGCUCCUGAGGAAAAUCCAGCUGCUGUGCCUCAUGGAGAUGACUUUCACACGGCCUGCCAACCACAGACAGCUCACUUUUGAGGAAAUUGCCAAAAGUGCCAAGAUUACUGUGAAUGAGGUGGAGCUGCUGGUGAUGAAGGCGCUGUCAGUGGGGCUGGUGAGGGGCAGCAUUGACGAGGUGGACAGGCGUGUGCACAUGACCUGGGUGCAGCCCCGCGUGCUGGACCUACAGCAGAUCAGGGGCAUGAAGGACCGCCUGGAGCUCUGGUGCACGGAUGUGCGGAGCAUGGAGAUGCUGGUGGGGCACCAAGCCUACGACAUCCUCACCUAGUGUUGGCCACGAAGACCUGUGUCUCCCGGCAGCCAGGUUCUGUUGAAGCAGUGACCGUUCCUCCUGGAGGAGAGCAGCCCAGCCAUGGGCAAGGGCUCCUGUGGGGGCAGGGCAGGGGUUGUGCCCACAGGGGUGCAGCCCAGGCUCAGAGGGCUUGGAGCUGAUCUCCACGCACAACCAGCUGCGUGAACACCUUCCAGUGGGGCCUAAGAAUGUUUCUCUAAUAAACAUCUCCUUUGUC